UUAUCUUCUUCUAACAUGGCUAGUGCAGGUUGGGAUCGUGGACAAAUCUAUUCUACUAGUGUUUUACCUGGGGAAGAACAUAUCAAUUCUCGUUCAGAGUUGAAAUCUUUGUACCUAGAAUUCAUUCAAAACUUUCGUUUGGGAAAUAGUUUUAUCUACAGAGAUCAACUUCAAGAACACCUCAUGGUUAAACAAUACUACAUACAAGUCGAUAUGAGUCAUCUUAUUAACUACAAUGCCGAUCUUGCCAACAAACUCUCAAACUCUCCUGCUGAACAUUUACCUUUGUUUGAACUGGCUGUGAAAGAAAGUGCCAAACGUAUCUUAUUUGCAACUCCAGGUACCAUUGACGAUGCUGAUGUACCUGAUUGUCAAGUCACUCUCACAUCUGAUGCCAAUGUGAUUCAAAUUCGUGAUUUGAAUUCGACUUAUAUUGGGAAAUUAGUUCGUCUUCCUGGUAUUGUCAUUGGUGCUUCUACUCUCAGUUCAAGAGCCACUUAUGUUAAUAUUAUGUGUCGUUCUUGUCGAAAUACCAAGGUGAUUCCUGUCAAUGGUGGAUUUGCUGGUAUCACUUUACCCAGAGUGUGUGAUAGUCAACCUAUUGAUAAUGGUUCAAAACCUAAUUGUCCUAUGGAUCCCUAUGUGAUUGUUCAUGAUAAAUGUAGCUUUGUGGAUUCUCAAGUACUUAAACUUCAAGAAGCUCCUGAUAUGGUACCUGUAGGGGACCUUCCUCGUCAUACUAUUCUUAAUGCUGAUAGAUGGCUUACCAAUCGUGUAGUUCCUGGUAUGCGUACAGUGAUUAUGGGCAUUUACUCUAUUUACCAAAACAAGGCGACGAAAUCAACUGGAGCUGCAGCAGUACGUACACCUUAUAUUCGAGUAGUUGGAUUACAGAUUGAUCAACAUAAUAGUAAUCGUGGUCGAGCUGUGUUUACUGAUGCUGAAGAAGAAGAAUAUAUUCGUAUGUCUCGUCAACCUGAUCUAUAUGAAACAUUCUCUACUAGUAUUGCACCCUCUAUUUUCGGCAACAAAGAUAUCAAGAAAGCCAUUUCAUGUUUAUUAUUUGGUGGAUCCAAAAAAAUUCUACCUGAUGGUAUGCGACUACGUGGGGAUAUCAGUGUCUUGUUAUUGGGUGAUCCUGGUACAGCCAAAUCUCAAUUACUUAAAUUUGUGGAAAAGGUGGCUCCUAUUGCUGUGUAUACUUCUGGUAAAGGUAGUAGUGCUGCUGGUUUGACUGCAUCUGUGAUUCGUGAUCCAAGCACUCGUGAUUUCUAUCUUGAAGGUGGUGCUAUGGUAUUAGCAGAUGGUGGUGUGGUGUGUAUUGAUGAAUUCGAUAAAAUGAGAGAUGAAGAUCGUGUGGCGAUUCAUGAAGCUAUGGAGCAACAAACUAUUUCCAUUGCCAAAGCAGGUAUCACUACUAUUCUCAAUUCAAGAACAUCUGUACUUGCAGCUGCCAAUCCUGUGUUUGGUCGUUAUGAUGAUAUGAAGAGUCCUGGUGAAAAUAUCGAUUUCCAAACAACCAUCUUGUCACGUUUUGAUAUGAUCUUUAUUGUUAAAGAUGAACACAAUGAAACACGAGAUAUGUCUAUUGCCAAACAUGUCCUCAAUGUUCACAUGAAUCGACAAAUCCAAGAUACUGCCAUGGGUGAUAUUGAUUUGGAAAAGAUGAAGGCAUAUAUUAAUUAUUGCAAGGCGAAAUGUGCACCUCGAUUAACUCCUGAAGCAGCACAAAAGCUUAGUAGUCAUUUUGUUGCAAUUCGAAAAGAAGUCAAGGAAUCUGAAAGAGAAACACAAGUAAGGUCAUCCAUUCCCAUUACUAUCAGACAAUUGGAAGCUAUCAUUCGUAUAUCAGAAUCUUUAGCCAAAAUGAGUUUGUCUCCUGUUGCCAAUGAACAACAUGUGGAAGAAGCCAUUCGAUUAUUCAAGUACUCAACUAUGGACGCUGUUCAAAGUGGUGGUGCUGAUGGUAUGACUAGAAGUGAAGUGAUGGCAGAAGUUCAAUCAAUCGAAUCAGAAAUCCAACGUCGAUUACCUAUUGGUUCCCAAGUAUCCGUCAUGAAGAUCAAGAAUGACUUUAUUCAACAAGGUUUUUCUGAAGCUGCCAUUCUUCGUGCUCUUACUAUUCUUGGUCGACGUGAAGUUUUACAGUUUAGAAGUCAAGGCAAAGUGGUAUUCCGUCAAGCUGUUUAGUUUAUCUUUUUUUUUUUUUUACAUAUACAUAUAUAUACUCAUUUAUAUACACACACCCGUCUUUUUUUUUUUUUUACUUUUUUUAAAACCAUCAUCUAUCAUCCUUUUUUUUCUUUAUCUUGUUUCCUCUUUACUUUUGACUUUUUCUAAUAAAAUGUACAUAUCUUUUUUUUUCAUGGAGGAUAAUGAUGAAAAGGUAGGUAUAAUCAUCAAGAAUAAAGAACAUGGAGGAAGAUAUAUAUAUAAAAAGGGGGGAAAGAGAAAAUCUAGAAGAUAGAUCUAUAAGAGGAUGAUGCAAAGAAAGAU